AUGGACGUCAACUCUGUGCUCUUGAACACCUUCUCGGCCGACGCGGCCAUAAGAGGAGCUGCCGAAGCACAGCUCACACAAGCUGCUGAGACCAACUUCGCCGGAUACCUCGUAACCCUCGUCCAAGAGCUCGCAAAUGAAGAAGCCCAAGGACCUGUCCGAGCAGCAGCCGGUAUCGCGCUGAAGAACGCCUUCACCGCACGCGAAUAUGCUAGAUUACACGAGCUACAGGAGAAAUGGCUUCAACAGGAUGGAGAUACCAAGAAGCGCGUCAAAGACCUGACUCUACAAGCGCUCUCGUCGAGCAAUACACAAGCUGGUGCCGCUGCUGCACAAGUCGUCGCGUCGAUAGCUGCUGUUGAGCUUCCUCGUGAUCAAUGGCCGGAGCUGAUGCCCACUUUGGUGCGAAAUGUUGGCGAGGGCAGCGAUCAUCUCAAACAGACUUCUCUGACCACCAUCGGCUUCAUCUGCGAGAGUCAAGACUCAGACCUCAGAUCCAGUCUCGUCCAGCACUCCAACGCUAUUCUAACCGCUGUUGUGCAAGGUGCUCGCAAGGAGGAGCCAAACCCAGAAGUCCGCCUGGCGGCCAUAUACGCUCUUGGAGACUCUCUCGAGUUCGUCGAUAGCAACUUCAAGAAUGAGGGCGAGCGAAACUACAUUAUGCAGGUUAUCUGCGAGGCCACACAAGCUCCAGAUAUGCGGAUACAGCAGGGUGCUUUUGGAUGUUUGAACAGAAUCAUGGCUCUUUACUACGAGCUGAUGCGUUUCUAUAUGGAGAAAGCUCUCUUUGGUCUUACGAUCAUGGGCAUGAAGAGCGAGGAGGAAGACGUUGCUAAGCUAGCCGUUGAAUUCUGGAGCACUGUUGCAGAAGAGGAGAUCGCCAUUGAGGAUGAUAACGCACAAAUUGAGAAUGUCGACCAAAUGCGGGAGAUCUUCCAUUUCUGCUCUGUGGCUACAAAUGAGGUUGUCCCAGUUCUAUUACAACUUCUGACCAAACAAGAUGAGGAUGCCGCCGAUGAUGAAUACAACAUCUCAAGAGCCGCGUACCAAUGUCUGCAACUUUACGCACAGGCUGUCGGAGGCACUGUUGUUCAACCAGUCUUGGCUUUCGUCGAGGCUAACUUGCGCCAUGAGGACUGGCAUCACAGAGAUGCUGCUGUUUCUGCUUUCGGUGCUAUCAUGGAGGGACCAGAGGAGAAGGUCAUUGCACCAAUCGUCAAGCAAGCGCUUCCAGUUAUCAUCAAGAUGAUGGAAGACCCAGUCAUUCACGUCAAGGAUUCCACUGCUUAUGCUCUUGGACGUAUUACCGAGGCAUGCUCAGAAGCGAUUGACCCCGUUCAACACCUUCCUCUCCUGAUCAAGUCUCUCUUCGAGGGUCUUGUCAGCAGUCCGAAGAUGGCAGGAUCAUGCUGCUGGGCCUUGAUGAACCUUGCAGAGCGUUUCUCUGGCGAAAUUGGUUGCCAGCAGAACCCACUCACACCUCACUUCAACGAGAGCAUCUCUCGUCUUUUGCAAGUUACCGAGAGACCAGAUGCUGAUAACCAACUUCGAACUGCUGCUUACGAAGUGCUCAACACAUUUGUCCAGAAUGCUGCCAAUGAGAGCUUGCCCGCUGUUGCGUCUCUAUCGGAGAUAAUUAUCAAGCGUUUGGAAGAUACUAUUCCUCUUCAAUCACAAGUCGUCAGCGUUGAAGACAAGAUUACCCUCGAAGAGAUGCAAACUAGUUUGUGCACUGUUCUCUUGGCCAUUGUCCAGCGUCUCGAGAAGGAGGUUGCUCCUCAAGGCGAUCGUAUCAUGGCUGUUCUGCUCCAGAUCCUCACCACUGCUGGCCCCAAGUCAAGUGUUCCUGAUGCAGUAUUCGCCACUGUCAGCGGUCUUGCCAAUGCUUUGGAAGAGGAUUUCUCCAAGUAUAUGGAGCAUUUCUCUCCCUUCCUUUACAAUGCUCUGGGCAACCAAGAAGAGCCAGCUCUCUGCUCCAUGGCUAUUGGUCUAGUCAGCGACAUCACCCGUUCGAUGGGCCCUCCCAGCCAGCCAUAUUGUGAUACAUUCAUGAACUAUCUUUUGAACAAUCUAAGAAGUACUGCACUUGCCAACCAAUUCAAGCCUGCGAUCCUUCAAUGCUUUGGAGAUAUUGCUGGUGCCAUCGGUGGUCACUUUGAGACUUACCUCUCUGUUGUCGCCCAGGUUCUUCAGCAAGCAGCUGGUGUUCAAGCCAGCGCUGAUGGAUCGUAUGAGAUGUUUGAUUACGUCAUCUCGUUGCGCGAAGGUAUCAUGGAUGCCUGGGGUGGGAUCAUUGGUGCCAUGAAGGCUGGAGGCAAGACUCCAUUGUUGCAACCAUAUGUCGAGUCGAUCUUUGGCCUUCUCAAUAUCGUCUACUUGGAUCAAAAUAAGAGCGAUGCUCUUAUGAGAUCCUCCAUGGGUGUCAUCGGUGAUCUCGCCGAGGCUUUCCCCAACGGUGAAUUCUCCGGCUUCUACCGUGCCGAAUGGCUCACCCAGAUGAUCAAGGAUACUCGCCAAAACCGUGACUUCCAGUCAAGAACCAUCGAUACUGCACGCUGGGCUCGUGAACAAGUCAAGCGCCAAAUUGGUGGCACCCAAGGUAUCCAACAAACCUGA